UCCUCCUCCUCUUAAUUUAAUGCUGUAGAAGGUGACUUGCCCUCCAUGAGAAAUCGGUGCAUGAUGUGUAGCUUCAGCUCGGCGUGUGUCUCUUCAUUAUGAAACCCCUUGCAAUCGCAGCUAGCCAUGGAGUUACGGGCCAGCAGGAGAAGCACUCGCUUCCUGCAGAUUUCACAAAGCUGCACCUUACUGACAGUCUCCACCCACAGGUGACCCACGUUUCGUCGAGUCACUCAGGAUGUAGCAUCACUAGUGAUUCGGGAAGCAGCAGCCUUUCUGAUAUCUACCAGGCUACAGAAAGCGAGACUGGUGAUAUGGAUCUCAGUGGGUUGCCAGAGACAGCAGUGGAUUCGGAGGAUGAUGAUGACGAAGAAGAUAUUGAAAGGGCAUCGGAUCCUUUGAUGAGUAGAGACAUUGUUAGAGACUGCCUGGAGAAAGACCCAAUAGACCGGACUGAUGACGACAUUGAGCAACUCCUGGAAUUCAUGCACCAGCUGCCUGCUUUCGCCAACAUGACCAUGUCGGUGAGGAGGGAGCUGUGCGCCGUGAUGGUGUUCGCCGUCGUGGAGCGAGCGGGGACCAUCGUGCUCAACGACGGCGAGGAGCUGGAUUCCUGGUCAGUCAUUUUGAAUGGUUCUGUGGAGGUGACGUAUCCUGAUGGAAGAACAGAGAUACUGUGCAUGGGAAACAGUUUUGGUGUUUCCCCUACCAUGGAGAAGGAAUAUAUGAAAGGAGUAAUGAGAACCAAAGUAGAUGAUUGCCAGUUUGUUUGUAUAGCCCAGCAAGAUUAUUGCCGCAUCCUCAACCAAGUGGAAAAGAACAUGCAGAAGGUGGAAGAGGAAGGGGAGAUCGUGAUGGUGAAGGAGCACAGGGAGCUUGACCGCACUGGGACCAGGAAAGGUCACAUUGUCAUCAAGGGAACAGCUGAAAGGCUAACAAUGCAUCUGGUGGAGGAGCACUCUGUGGUAGACCCAACAUUUAUAGAAGAUUUCCUGCUUACCUAUCGGACCUUUCUCUCCAGCCCAAUGGAAGUGGGCAAGAAGUUGUUGGAGUGGUUCAAUGACCCCAGCCUCAGGGAUAAGGUUACACGGGUAGUAUUGUUGUGGGUGAACAAUCACUUCAAUGAUUUUGAAGGGGAUCCUGCUAUGACUCGAUUUCUGGAGGAAUUUGAGAACAACUUGGAGAGAGAGAAAAUGGGUGGACAUUUGAGGCUGUUAAAUAUUGCUUGUGCAGCUAAAGCUAAAAGAAGAUUGAUAACCUUAACAAAGCCAUCUCGAGAAGCCCCUUUGCCUUUUAUUUUGCUGGGAGGGUCAGAAAAGGGAUUUGGAAUCUUUGUGGACAGUGUAGAUUUUGGAAGCAAAGCUACGGAAGCCGGCUUGAAACGUGGAGACCAGAUACUGGAAGUGAAUGGUCAAAACUUUGAGAACAUUCAGCUAUCAAAAGCCAUGGAAAUUCUUAGAAAUAACACUCAUCUGUCUAUCACUGUGAAAACCAAUUUAUUUG